GAGCUGCUUUCCGGUUUCGCUUUUGUUAAAUCAAUUUAAAUUUGACAAUAGCUGAAUUGUUCGACUUUGAAGUCAAUUUACGAAAAUUAUGUUGCAUAAUAAUUAGAGUACAGAAAUAUUAUGUUUAAUACACUUGGUUUUUUUAAUAUCUCAAAAGUUAAUGAAAAUAUAAUAAAUAAAUAUAAAGCAGAGCUUCAAAGAUUUUUCAUCAAAAUUACUUGCGAAUUUACAAAAAAUUUAAACAACUAACUACUGCUCACUUGAAAGUGAAAACAACGGAGCUAUGGUUAAUGAAAAUGUGAAAGAAAAAGACAUAUUCCGGGAAACAUGGCUUCGCUAUACAGGCUAUGCGAAUGAAGUUGGAGAAGCAUUUCGUCAUCUUGUUUCUCGUCGACUAGUGCAUGGAAGUUAUGUAGGAGCGAUUAGUUAUGUUAUUGCUGAUGCCUCUACAAAGUCAUGGAGGAAAUUUCAAGAAGAUGAAUCCCUUGUUCAAGUGGCUAACGUUGCGGCGGACGUGUUUUUAUGGCAAAUGCUUGCAUCCGUUAUUUUCCCUGGUUAUACUAUAAAUCGCAUAACCCAUUUCAGUCGUAUUAUGUUUAAACAAGCACGAGCCAGGGAAUCAAUUGUUAAAUAUAUGCCAACAGCUAUCGGCUUACUAUCCAUACCGAUAAUUGUUCAUCCAAUUGAUCAUUUUGUCGAUUUCCUUAUGGAUAAAACAUUUCGUACUAAUAAAACCAGUUAGAAUGCUAAGCUAAUUAGACAUCGAUGCAAACAUUAACUUUUGGGGGGGAACUGCUGUUAUAUUUGUUAAAUGAUAUAUAUUGCGAUAUCAUGAUUCAGUACAAGAUCUAUUUCUAUAGUUUAUUGAUAAAUAUGGCUAAUGAAUUGUUAAAUUUUUUUAAAUAUAAAAUGAAUUUGUGUAGUUUUUUUUUGCUUUGAAGUAUGCGUGCACUUAUUGCCCCUAUUCGGUAUGUAGUGCAUAAAUGCAAUAUACUUUUUAAGAAUUUGUUAUAAAGUACGAGUACAAAACAGAUGUGUGAUAUGAAGAUUCUGAUUAGAGUAUGCACAAACUUUUUUCAUAUUAAUUAAGCCCACUUUGAAGAAAUUAAUACGAAAACCGUAUAAAUACCUUUAAUAAACUACAUAGCUUUAAGAUAAAUGAUGAUCAAUUAAACAAUAAAUUUCCAUAACGUAUCGGUUCUAAAUAUGUUGGAUUUUUCAUUAACUAGCUUUACGAUUUCCAAUCUGUUUUAAUUAUUAUGUCUCUCCAUUUUGCAGUUUGUACUUUAUUACUCGGAAACAUUAAAAAAAUUGUAUAAAGUAUAUUUAAUGCUGCAAUAAGUUUAUUCACAUUCACAAGAGGAAGCAAAAUAGUGAAGAAAAGAAUUUCUAAAAGAAAUAAAUGUAAUAUACGAGAUCGAACUAUGUCAUUACAACGUCGUUGUAAGACCAGUAAAUCGUAUUCUUGUUAUGCGACGGCUUUUGGCUAUGUAUGUAUGUCUUGGCUGCAAGAAUUGAUUACGUUAAUAAAUAGGCUACUAAAUCGCAUGUUUCAGAAAUGUACUAAAAUUGAUGAAAAGUCAUACAUACAUACAUAAGUUAGGUUAACCGAUUUUCAUAUCUGUUGUGAGAGCCGCAGGAUAAAGUUCUUUCGAUAGAAACUAAAUAUGUAAAAUAAAUAUAUAUAUAUUUAUAUAUAUAUAUUUUGUAGACGAGGAUGCAAGUAUCGAACCCAAUACGCAUCGAACAAUUGCAUUUGGCAACAUCUGAUUAGAAAAAAAAAGAAGAAAAAUAGCAUACGAUUGUAUCGACCGUGUUACAUUAUUUGUUCAAGCUUUUUGAAAAUUGCAUCCAAAUUUCUCGCCAAUUUUUUUGAUCAGAAAUCAAUUGAAUUUUAUCAGAAAUAAGUCAAAUAGACGCAAACAUGUGCCCAAGCCUAUCACAAAUCGUUUUAAGAUUUGCACAAACGACUUUUGAAAUCUUUGACAUUUGCAUCAAAUAUUUUGUAUGUGUGUAUAUAUUCUCUGCUUUUGAUGUACUUAUACUAUUUAUAUAUAAACGUACACAUGCACACGUAUCCCUGGAAUUCCUGGAAUUGGCAUAUAGGAUCUUAUGUUUAAAAAAAAAAGAAACUAAAUUAUUUUUAUGCGCCUAUAAAAAUUUCAUGUCAUUUCGGUCAUUUGUUACGAGUUGAAGAAGUUCGAGUCCCACUACUUUUCUUAUUUCCGAAAUAAUGGAAAAAUCCCGAAUUUUUGUAUGGCCUACAUAAUGCCGCUUGAAAAGGACGUCGAAAAUGGCAAUUUCAAUUGGCAGCGCGGCGAUGCGGUCACCGACGAUGCUCAACUCAGCGAUCUUGCAUUGCCUUCUUCUUCCGGAAUUAAACUCCUGGAACUCUUAAACGUUUUUGCUGGAUAAUCGAGAAGUGAAACUGAACUCAUCGAUUUCACAUUUAUCCGAAGCAAUGAUAAUUCUUGCACACACGCCCAACACGUGAACUGCGAACAUUGGUUUUUUGCAAAAGGAAUGGAAGCUUUGUUUUUUGCUCGUCAUACAUAAACUGUAACGGACAGAUGUACAAAAAUAUAAACGCAUAUUUUAUGCACAUAGCAUCUGUACAAAAAGUGAAAAAAAUUAACCACGCCUAGCCAAUAUUAUAGUGUACUAAAAUGUAAUUUAUUUUUUUUUUUUUUCAAUACCUCUACAAGGCACAGUAACAAGUUGCAAAAACCCUACAAUGCAUAUAAAUUCUUGGCCAGUUGCAAAUUUGUAGUAGAGAAUUUCGAUGUAAAUAUGUUCAUCAGUCCAUCUGUCCAAAAUAAAGUUAUCGCCUAAAAAAAGGUG